CUCCUGCAGAGUAAGGAACAGCCUGGCUCCACUGCCAAGAUCUGGAUAAAAGGGUUCCAAGAUGGGGUCUGAGUCCAAGCAUACCUACCUGCUGGUGCUCCUGGCGGCCUCUCUCAUUUCCAUUACACUCGCCCUUAUCCUGAGAUUGGCUAAUAAUGUUGAAGUAACCCCGCCCCCUGGGGAGAAGUAUGGGAUGGUUUUCGACGCCGGCUCCUCGCACACAUCACUGUUUAUUUACAAAUGGCCGACGGACAAACAGAAUAACACAGGAGUGGUGAGCCAGACGCAUGUCUGUGACGUCAAAGGGCCCGGGAUCUCCAGUUACGCAGAGGACCCACCUGCCGCUGCACAGUCUCUGGUGGCUUGUCUAGAUGAAGCCAUGGCCAUUAUACCCUCGCAAAGCCAGAGAGAGGCGCCAGCCUAUUUAGGGGCCACAGCUGGAAUGAGACUCCUCAGCCUGGAGAACCCGGCCACCUCGGACAAGGUCCUGCGAGAGGUCAGCAAGGUGAUCAGCAGAUACCCCUUCAAUUUCAGGGGCGCUCGCAUCAUCAGCGGCCAAGAAGAAGGGGCCUAUGGCUGGAUCACAAUUAACUACCUCCUGGAAUCGUUCAUGAAGUACUCUUUCAGCGGUCGUUGGGUGCGGCCAACAGUCUCCAAUAUCUACGGUGCUCUGGACCUGGGAGGGGCGUCCACACAAAUUAGUUUUAUCCCAAAAGCAGCCGUUGAGGACAUCAAUGAAAAGUCUGACUUUAAGCUGUAUGGAUUCCCGUACUCCAUCUACACGCACAGCUUCCUGUGUUAUGGUCAAAACCAGGCCCUGAAACAGAUGCUCGUCAAAGCUGUUACGGGACAGGAUUUAAAGCAGCCAGUAAACAUUCCUUGUUACCCCAAUGGAUACACCGCGACCGUCCCCCUCGAAUCUCUGUAUGACAGCCCUUGUACGGCCGCUAAUGCACCCUCCACAUCCGGCUCCGCACAGAUUGCUAUAAAAGGCACCGGGGAUGCCGCGAAAUGCAGAGUGCUGAUCAAGAGCAUCUUCAACUUCAGCGCCUGCAGCGGCCAGGCAUCCUGUUCAUUCGAUGGCGUUUACCAGCCACCAGUCGUUGGCAAUUUUUUUGCUUUCUCUGCGUUCUUUUAUACUUUCGAUUUUCUCAACUUGACGUCGGGACAAAGUCUGUCAACAGUGAACACCGCAAUCAACACCUUCUGUGCGAGAGACUGGUCCGAGAUCCAGUCUUCCUACCCCAAAGAGAAGGCUGACCGUCUGCGGGAUUAUUGCGCCAACGGGAACUAUGUCCUGAGCCUUUUGCUGGAUGCCUACAAGUUCAAUGAGGACAACUGGAAUUCUAUCAGCUUCAUGAAACAGGCGUCGAAUACAGACAUUGGCUGGACUUUGGGGUACAUGCUGAACCUCACCAACAUGAUCCCCUCAGAGAGCGUGGCGCCCAUGAAGGCCCAGAACUAUGACCUCUGGCUCGCGUCCGUUAUCUUCAUAGUGUUAAGCGCGGUGUUGGGUCUAAUCAUGCUGUAUAUCUACUGCCGCUAGACAGAUUGGGCAGAGACCACUUCAGGACAUGAAACGGAUUAUCAAACACAUUCAACGUCUCACAGGAAUUAUACUUAAAGAAGAUCCCCUGAAGGACAGCCAGACGAUGGUUCGUGUCCGGCACACGGCGCUAGUCACCCACUGGAUUACAUUAUACAAAGAGUGCAACGGACGGCUGACUAGAACGCACCCAACCUCCAUGUUAAUGGAUAUUCUGACAGUCCGCAGUGGAAGACAUUUUUAUUGUGUAAUAUUGACUAUUGUCUCCUCAGUGGCCAGACAACAAAUACACCCACCAGCUGGAUAUUUUGUGGGAGAUAAACUUGUGCUAAAAAGGUAACAAACAUCCAGAGCAGAAUCAUUAUCGAGGCUAUAACUCUACAGGAGCUUAGCAAAACGGGGGUACCCGACGCUUGGAGCCACCCCUCCCCAAAUAGCUAUAACUCCACAUUCCUGUACGUGACAAGCGGCCCCCAGAAUGUACCUCUAUCGCUCCUGUAGGAUUUUUGACCAAGUCCGCGCCGGCCGUACCGUGUACCCAAACGUGACUGCCCGCCAGAAAUGGAGGAGAUUUAAAUGCUUUAGUUUGAAUGAAUGGAAUUAAAAAACUGCAAUCAAUUUUACAUAAAAUCACAAAUACAGCUUUAAUAUGUUGAUCUAUUUUGGCUAAAAUUCACAAUUUCUUUCUAGGUUCUCCAGAAUGCCAGAUUUAAUGAAUAAACCAAAGAGGUCCUUCUAAUCAGUCACAGUCCCUAAAUCCUUGAU